UUUUUAAUAUGAUUCUGAUACUUAUUUUCACUUUAUUUUUCUGACAAAAUUAAAAAAAAAAAUUUAAGAAUUGAAUUUAAGUUCUCAAUUAUGUAAUAAUUUUUUUUAUUUAGCAUAUUAUUUUAUUAUCAUAUUUCAUAAAUUAUGAAAAGAAGAAAGAAAAAAUCUAAGCAUAACAAGAGCAGUGAUGUUGAAGAAAUUGAAAGAACAUAACUAAUCUUGAGGCUGUGUUUGGAGGCAGAUGGCUGUAUUUAUAGAGCUGCCAUAGUUAAUGCCCAUUAGCCAAGCUUGUGGAGAGUGUUUCCUGAGAGAGAGAGAGAGAGAGAGAGUCGCCUACAUUAGCCAUAAAUGGGCAAAAUCCCUGCUUUCUUUCUGAGUGAGUUGCAGUGUGUUGUGGGUAUCUUUACGGGCAAAAUCCCUGCUUUCUUUCUGAGUGAGUUGCAGUGUGUUGUGGCUAUCUUUACCUUUUGAGUUUUGACAAUCUGCCUCUCUAUCCUCAAUUUGCUAUUUGCUGAUGCUGUUCUGUUGACGAGAGAAAAUUUUCUUUUUCUUUUUUAUGCUCUUUUGGAAUUUAAGAGAUGCUCUGUCUAAAAGCGGAAGUCCUCGAUGACCACGACGCUAACAGCAGCAGUGUUUCUACUACUAGUAACAAUAGUGGUGGUGGGUUUGGGUUUAUUCUCCCAAUAAAUCUUUGAUUUGCUUUGCUUUACAGGGGAAGUUCCAUUCAUAAGUAUUUAUGGAGGAGUGGUAGGUUAUCCAAUCGAUCUAUUUCUUCUGGAGAUGGGUGUCCUCAUUCUUCCCUAAUUUCUGAUUUUGAGGAUAUUAAACCCCUGGAAAAAAGAAGUGGACAAUUGAAAGGUGGGAAUAUGUCUCUUUACAAAUACCAGCUUGAGGAAGAUGUUAAAAAGUUGCGACAGCAGUUGCAAGAAGAGAUUGACUUGCGCCUAGCUCUAGCAAGCGCUAUUGAACACUCUGAUUCAUCCUUCUCUAGUUCACCUUGUCAGCUUCCAGAUAAGGCCCAAGAGAUUUUGGAUAGCAUAGCUAUUCUGGAGAUUACUGUAUCGAAGCUUGAACAAGAAUCAAUUGCGUUGCAAUAUCAGCUUAGUCAGGAGAAAAAUGAGCGCCAUCUUGCUGAGUGGCGUUUAAGGCAUUUGGCCUGUCCAUCACCAUCACCAUUGGAUUCCUCAGAGAUUAGGAGACCUUCCUGUGGAGAUAAUGUAGAAGGGAAAGUGGAUGAUAAGCCCCUCUGGGAAGAUAUAAACGAAGAGCUAAAAAGGGUUCAUUUUGUAGAGAAACUUUGGCACCACCCUAAUCGGCUUUCUGAAGAAAUGGUCUCGUGCAUGAGAGAUAUUUUUGUCUUCUUAGCAGAUUCUUCCAAGCUCUCUUCUUCUGAAUGUAUGGCUUCACCUUCUUCACCUCAGGGGCACCUCUCUUACUUUUCUUUGGCAUCUUUCUCCGACUCACCCGUAAUGAAUUCGUUUAUGAAGAAUCCCUCAGUUGACAUGGAACAUGGUUCUGAAGUCUCUGAAAAAUAUUGUAAAAUUGAUCCAUAUAAUGUUCCUGGUAAGGUAGAUUGGAUAGAAGGCAUUGGAGCUUACAGCACAGCAGUUGAGGUCUCAUGGUUGUCUGUUGGGAAGAAAGAACUUGAGUAUGCUUCUGGGGCCCUCAAAAGAUUUAGGUUGCUUGUUGAGCAGUUGGCUGAAGUUGUCCCAUCUCGCCUGAGUUGCACUGAGAAGCUAGCAUUCUGGAUUAAUGUGUAUAAUGCUUUGAUCAUGCAUGCCUUUCUUGCAUAUGGAGUUCCAAGAAGUGAUAUUAAAUUAUUUUCCUUAAUGCAGAAGGCUGCUUACACCAUUGGAGGGCACACAUUCAGCGCUGCUGACAUUGAAUUCGUUAUUCUGAAGAUGAAACCACCAGCUCAUCGCCCACAAAUAGCCUUGCUACUUGCUCUUCAAAAAUCUAAGGUAAUUGAUGAGCAGAAGUUUUCCAUUGAUCUACCUGAGCCUCUGCUGGCUUUUGCUCUAAGUUGUGGGAUGCAUUCUUCACCGGCAGUGCGAAUUUUCAAGCCUGAAAAUGUAAACGAGUUGCUUGAAACUUCAUUGAAGGAUUAUGUGCAAGCCUCUGUCGGCAUAAGCAGGAAAGGUAAACUAUUGGUGCCAAAAUUGUUGUAUUGUUUCGCCAAAGGCAUUGUAGAGGACUUGCAGCUGCCUGAGUGGAUUUGCCAGUUCCUCUCCCCAGAGCAAGCUGCCACGGUUAAAGACAGUUCAUCUAAACACAAGUGGAGGUUACUUGGUGCUCGAAGCUUCUCUGUCAUACCUUUUGAUUCAAGGUUCCGCUUUCUUUUCAUAUUGUAGUAACUGGAUGAAAUUUAUAGUUGUCUUGAGCAUCCAAUCGAUGGAAACAUGUGGGUUCAAGCUUGUUUCCAGUUGAUCAAUUUCCCUUGAAAGAUUGGAGGUUUGCCACACACAAGGUUUUAUUAGAUGCUUAUUGACUGAUCUAAAAUAGUGAAUUUUAUAAAAAUUUUAUUGUACAGUCAUAAAUUCCAUCAAUAAAUAUUCUUUCCUUAAUUUUACAA